AUCUUCCUGCUUCCCUCUUUACAGUGAGUAUUUUCACCACAUGUAAAAGAGCCUCGGUUUUCGAUCAGGAUCAGAUAAAAAAUCGAGCAAAAGAAAGGCCGAAAAGCGAGAUAGGAAAAUUAUUUCGAAAUUUUCUUCAUUUCACUUGCUCCUGCCCUCCCUCUGUCCUCAACUCCUGCCUUAUCCCUGCCCUGAUCUAUGCAGCACAACCACCGCACACCAUGUCGAACGAUCCAGGGCGAGUGAUGACCGCGAAGCGUACGAAAACGCUAACCCGGCCCGGUUAGUCGGCGAUCGUGGCUUUUACUAGUAAACGGCCGUAAGUGUCGCUGCCGUGGCCCAACACCGAUGAUGAUGAUGAUGAUGAUGAUCAACAACCGGAACCGGGGGGGGCUCAACUAACCUCAACAGCACAUCUCGCGACAAAAACGGAAACGGACAACGGAGCCAGAACGGAACAGCUGAUUGAGAAUUGUGGUGUGUGUGCGAGUGCGCGCGCUCGCAAGUGUGUGUGUGUGUCUGUGUGGUGUGUAUGUAUGAUUGUGUCCAAUCGUUUGGCGCAUUAGUAUCAUUAUUAUUAUUAUUAUUAUCAUUAUUACUAUUAUUAUGAUUACUGUAACGUAAAUUGAGUACGGUAUAAUGUCAACCUAGUGAUAAUCAUCUUAGAUCCGUAAGAAGCAUUAGACCGCAGAACGUACUCAGAGUGUGAGAAGAAGCAGGGCAAUCGAACAGUGUGAAAAACCAUAUCGAAGACGCGUUGCAACCGAACGUUGCAAUCAAAAACCCAUCGGGACCCAUCGAUGCCUUUGCUCCUCUCGGCUUUUCUCGGGGCAGAAGGAGAGCUCCGGCUCAGCGUGGCAGUCAGUCGUUCACAGGGCUCCGAAGGUCCUUUCCAGAAGGUCCUUCCUGAAGCGAUCACAAUCGAUCCCACCAAAAGCGAGAGAAAAAAGAAACAAAAUCGAAGCCCAAAAUGGGCGCGCGAAAUAAAACGAUCACUUGCGCGAUCGCCAUUCGAUCGAAGCGAGGUGCAGUCAUCAUCGAUCAACAGGGGUCAACUGCGAUGCACGCAUCAAACAGGAAGGGAGUGUGAGGGUCGGAUUUUCGCGAUAAGUUGCGCAAUUCGCGAUGAACGCAGAACGAGCAGCGAAGCGCUUGUAAUAUCAAUCGCUUGUAGCAUCCAAAGGCAGUAGCAGCAGCAGCAGCAGCAUGAAGAAGAAUCGGAUGUAUUAUGUAGUGAGACAGAAAAAAAACAGCCACACACUAGUGCCAGUAGCUAGUAGUGUGCCAGGAAGGAAGGUGCUCGAAAAGCAAAACGAAAUGGAAAGGAAAGUCAAACGCAUUAGUAAGUAGUAUCCAUAUUGAAAACAAAAAGCUGUUCCAACUCGCUGGUAAGGAAUUGUUUUGCAACGAAAACAAGCGAUAAACUAAUGAGGAGGGGCGAAGGAUUGGGUUUUAAAAGUAUUAUUAUCAUCAUCACAAUGCAUGCAAAGUACGGGCGUACGAAGCAAUAGCGCAAACGAUUUUCGUUGCGUUGUUUCUGUUGUUGUGCCCUUCCGAUCUGAGUUCCAUUCGGUUUCCUUUUCAUCUUCUCCUUUAAUUUCGGUUUCAUUCACUAUCCAUUACUAGUAUCACUAGACAUUCACUCACUCACAACAACAUCAAAAAAACCUUGCAACACCUGUUUUUCCAAAACGCGUAGUAUUUUAGGUCACAAACUUUCGAUUAAUAUUUGUACAAAAGAGAAAAAGCUAGUUUCGAGAGUGUAGAGUAGAGUGUACCGGAAGCCAUUAGCCAGCGAACGCAUUUCAUCUUCGUCGUGUGCCACUCACAAUUGUCCUUUCACGGUCUAAAUUUCACAAUCCAAGUCCCAUGGAAAAAAACGAUAAGAAAAGCGUUCAGAAAAAGGGAAAUACUCCCCCCGUUGGUUUGCAAAUCUUUUAGCAUUAGUGUCAUCAAUUGUACAUUAUCGGAAGCGCGAAUGGCGGAGCGGCGGCGAGGGCUAGUUAGCAACAACACUUACUACACCUACAAUCGUACACGUACAUGCGCACGCAGACACACUACUGGCAGGCAACAUUCGAAUUUAUGCAUUAUUUAAAGUAUCAUCCCGGCAGCUGGUGGGUGGGCUGAAGGUGUCAGCCAGUAACACCAAUACACACACACACACAAACAAACAAACAGGACAUUCGUAGAUCGUCUAGAAGUCACUAUUAAGCAUUACCAAUUUAUGGAGCAGCGAAAGAAUGUGAGACUAAUAAAGAGAGGGAGUACUCUCUGUAAUGUAAAGAUGAAAUUGAUUUCAAAAUGGUCAGGAGUUUUUAUGUUUCCACUUCAUUUUCCUUUUCCGGCAAAGAAAACGCUGAGUUGAGUUCAUUGUGUUAUGAGAACUGUUGGAAGCUUCGUUGGUACGAAUUUUGUUGCGUUUUUCAGGCGAUGCCCUUUUCGGUUGUUCUGUUACACACAUUAUAACGGUGAGUUUGAUAACAGAAGGAUAACACUUGUACACACAGACACAUACACAGACACUAAACCAUCAUCAACAAUGGAUGCAUUCACAUAUUUUAUUUAAAAGUUCAUUUCAUUCUACUUUAACCUUUCGGACAAUUUUCAACUUCAUUCCAUUGCUUUCAUUCGUUUGUCUUUAAUUUUCGUUUUUCUUCGUAGAUCGUAGAGCAAAACGCGAACAACGCACGGAAUGCCCCGCUGUCAUACGCACUAAUAGUGAACCUUGUCUUCCU